AUGCCUAGGACAACACUUCCCAUACGAGCCCUGUCUAAGCGCGCACCCACAUGUGCCGCUGGUGCCCCAACUUGGUGGAAUAACGCACAGGGCGCAACACCAUGUGAAGUAUAUCAGAGCAUCAUGGAUGUGUGCGGAUACACCGUACCCUCAAUUAGCAACAGCGACUCGUAUUAUCCGGUCACUCUAGCUCAGCUUUGCAUGUGCAAUACAGUCGCUUACAAUCUGGGAAGUGCAUGCCAAGACUGCCAGCGUGGUUCAACAGAUCAGGGAAUUUUGUUUUCGACUUAUGUCACUGGUGGAGAUGGUUGUGUUGCUCCAAUCACUAGCCUCCCGGACUCGGUCAACCCCGUGCAGCAAAUACCGGAAUGGGCAUUAAUAGACACAUCAACAACAUUCUGGUCUUACAAUAUCGCCCAAUCUGUAGCCAAUUCCGGGUCCACGACCACUUCAUCUGAGAGCGCUACUACCACCCUCUCUCCCUCGACGACUAUUAUGGACGGAAGUCCGACUAUCACACUCUCAGAUCCUACUGGCUCGGCUCCUUCAACCACUGCCCCGCCGCCAUCUACGUCCAAAUCGACCAACGCAGGCGCGAUAGGAGGUGGGGUUGCCGGAGGGGUUGUCUUUUUAUUGUUGGUUAUUGGGCUGCUCUUGUUCCUACGCAGGCGUCGUGCCCGGAAAUCUCACGGUAAUGCCAACGCGGUUGUGGGUGCCAUAGGCGGCAGGAAUGGAUCAACGUCAAGCGAGUCGAGCCUUACCGAGAGCGGUAAGGCCCCAGGUUCGAGCAGCCACUACACCCCACAUUCGCAGAUGGCUCAGUUGAAUCACAGCGGCGGCAGCGGAAGCAUUAACCCCUCUCACUCAACUUCGGCUCUGAACACUCCUGUAGACGCUCCCCCUGUCCCUCCCAUUGCGCAUGAAUACGCCGCAUCUUCAACUGCUUACUCUCGCUCUCAUGACCACACAUCCAUUGCACCUUCUCGGUCUCACGCCACCUCUCCCACCCCUAGCGCCCCUGCUGUUCAAAAAGUGAAGCGGGUUCCUGUUCGCUACUCGGAAGACGAUAUUGCUCGGGCAGAUGAAGAAGACAAAAGAGCAAACGCACUCUCAUCUUCACCUCCUCGGUGA